ACCGAAGAAACCCUAGCUCUCGUCCCGUCUCUUACGGUGAGAAAAAAAGCUGAAAUUUCAACAAUUUUCGAAAAUUAAAUUCGAAAAUUGGGGAAUUACAUUAGGGUUUUAAAUCAGGAGGUCAGGAAUCGAACCCUAGUUGAUGCUUCGCGUUCAUGAUUUUCUCAAUUCGUUUGGAGAACCGAUGAUUCGUCGUAUUACGGUUAAGAUCUGAAAACUGUGUAGGGGCAUGUAUGAUGGAAUGUGAAAAUUGGGUUUUCUCGGUUUGGGUGCUUGGAUUGAGGGAUUGUUGAUGGAAAAUAGAAUAGAGAACUCACAUGGCACUGAAAUUCCCAGGAAAUCGAGAUCUUUGGAUCUUAAGAGUUUGUACAAAUCCAGGACUACAAAAGAGGUCCCAACCAAGAGCUUGAAGAGAAAAGGUAGUGCAGAGGAUGGUGAUGAGAACAGGGACAAGAAGAAGAAGAGUAGAAAAGAGGUGUCUCUCAGUAGUUUGAAGAAUGUUAAUACUAGUAGCAAGAAGAGUUUAGAUGAAGUGUAUCAUAAUGGGUUGAAUUCUGGUUUACAUGAUCCGGAGGCGGUGAAAUGUGGGUCGAGCCAGAUAUUGGAUAGCAGUAGUGGGUUUAAUGGCGUUUCAUCACUUAGUUUGGGUAAUAAUGUUAUUCAAAUCCCUAGGCGUAAGCGGGGUUUUGUGGGCCGAAAGAAAUUUGAAGGUGGUCAGGUACCGAAGCUGCCAGAUCCGUCUGCUGGUAAAGUAGGUCUUGUUGAUCAGAAUCAUCAGAUAGCUAAGUUAAAUGUUGAUGAUUUAGGAACUCAAGAUGAGUCGUUGAAUGUUAAAAGAAAGAAGGGUCUUGAUGAUUUUAAGGAAAACAUAGAUAAUGAGUUGAAUUCAGCACCACAUGCUGAUAAGGAAGUUGUUCAUACAAGUCACUCGGUUGUAAGCAAUGGGGAUUCAUCUUUGAAAAAGUCACGGAGGAAUCGUAGGAAGAGGAAGGAUGUGGCAUGUGAUAGUAAAAUUGCUACAAAGGAAGCUGAGCCUUUGGUCGAUAGUUCCACAAAAACAUGCCAUGAUUCACAAGAAGACAAUGGGGAGAAUCGGAAGAAUCCUAGGAAAAGGAAGGAUUUGGCACGUGAUGGUAAAAUUGCUGCAAAGGAAGCUGAGCCUUUGGUCGAUAGGUCCACAAAAACAUGCCAUGAUUCACAAGAAGACAAUGAGGAGAAUCGGAGGAAUCGUAGGAAAAGGAAGGAUUUGGCACGUGAUAGUAAAAUUGCUGCAAAGGAAGCUGAGCCUUUGGUCAAUAGUUCUACAAAAACAUGCCAUGAUUCACAAGAAGACAAUGAGGAGAAUCGGAGGAGUUGCAGGAAGAGGAAGGAUUUGGCACGUGGUGGUAAAAGUGCUGCAAAGGAAGCUGAUCCAUUGGUUGAUAGUUCUACAAAAAGUUGCCAUGAUUUACAAGAGGACGAUGAGGAGAAUCUUGAAGAGAAUGCAGCAAGGAUGCUUUCAUCAAGGUUUGAUCCAAGCUGUACUGGGUUUUCUUCAAACAACAAGGCUUCUGCAUUGGAAUCUGCGAAUGGAUUGUCUUUUCUGCUAUCUUCUGGUCAGGAUUUUGAUAGUCGUAGGUCAAAGUCUAUUUCUGGGUCAGAAUCUCCUUCGGUUGAUAAUUCUGGUAGAGUGUUGAGGCCGAGGAAACAGCACAAAGAAAAGGGACAUUCGCGGAAAAGGCGCCAUUUCUAUGAAGUUUUUUUGGGGAAUUUGGAUGCUUACUGGGUAUUGAACCGGAGAAUCAAAGUCUUCUGGCCCUUGGACCAAAGUUGGUACUACGGCCUUGUGAAUGACUAUGACAAGGAAAAAAAACUUCAUCAUGUUAAAUACGAUGACCGUGAUGAAGAAUGGAUUGACCUUCAAAAUGAGAGGUUCAAGCUCUUGCUACUUCCUAGUGAAGUUCCUGGUAAGAUAGAACGGAAAAAAUCAACUCAGCGGAAUAGAAGUUCUGGUGAGAGAAAAGGAAACUUGAAACCCAGAAAAGAAAAGAAAAAGAGAGAGUUGACUUCGGAGGAUGAUAGCUGCAUAGGCAGCUAUAUGGACACUGAACCCAUUAUUUCAUGGUUGGCGCGUUCUAACCGUCGGGUCAAGUCUCCUUCCUGUGCUGUAAAGAAGCAAAAAACAUCAGGUCUAUCUUUAAAGUCACCGUUGUCUGAUGAAGAUGUCAUGUUACAUGGAUCUCUGGGUGAUGGUUCAUUUAGAAGGGAUAAAAUUAGAACUUCUCAUAAUUCUGGCAGAUCUGAUGUUUUGAGGCAAGAAAAGCCUACCUCACAAGGCAGCACAUGCACCAGAGAUAGCAAAAUGCCUAUUGUUUAUUUUCGGAGGCGGCGCAAAACUGGGUCUGUAUUGUCUCACACAUCCAAGGGCAAUCAUGCCUAUGUGAGUGAACUUGGUUCUAUUACUUCUUUUGUUCCUGUUACCAAUGGGCCAUUGUGGUAUAUUGAUGAUGCAGGGUUGCUAAAGUUGACUCUUCCUCAGACAGAAGCAGGGAAAGUUACUUUUGAGUUAGGCGUUCCGAUGCAUUCAAUUAUUAAUGAUUCUUUUGGAGUAGAAUUUUCGUUGUUUCAUGCUGCAAUGCUGCAUCGGUAUGGUACAGUAGUGAUCACAUGGCCAAAGGUUUAUUUGGAGAUGCUUUUUGUUGAUAAUGUAGUUGGGCUGAGGUUUCUCUUGUUUGAAGGUUGCUUGGAGCAGGCUGUGGCCUUUGUUUUUCUUGUCCUGGCAUUAUUUCAUCACCCUAUUGAACAGGGGAAGUUUCUGGAUUUCCAGUUACCGGUAACUUCAAUCAGGUUCAAAUUCUCUUGUGUUCAGCUUCUUCGGAAGCAACUUGUGUUUGCAGUCUACAACUUCUCUCAAGUGAAAAAGUCAAAGUGGAAGUAUCUAGACUCAAGAGUUAGGAGCCAUUGUUUGCUCACCAAGAAACUGCCUGUGUCUGAAUGCACCUAUGAUAGUAUUCAAGCACUUCAAAAUGGAACAAAUCAGUCACCUUUUAUGUCUCUUUGUGGGCGUCCCUCCUCUGUCAAGGGUACACGGAGGAGGUCCAGGCAGGGCAUUAACUUCAUGGGUAGUUCCAGGGAAUCUGCUUUUGUAAAUAUCAGUCAUUCUACUUCUCAUUCUGAUGAGCAUCCCAGAAAACUCCCUCCACUCGCCCUAUCUUUUACUGCUGCACCUACUUUCUUCCUUAGUUUGCAUCUCAAGCUGCUUAUGGAACAUUGUGUUGCUAAUAUUUGCUUUCGGGACCCUGAUUCAGUGGAGCUUUUAGGAAACUCUGGCAGUAUGUUGGCAGUUGACUGUUCUAGUUUGGAGGACUUUUUUAACAGAGGUUCAAAAAUUACUCAUGAGAACAAUUUAAAGGCUCCACCAGGUAAUGCUACUUCUGAUCACUCCUUUUCCAAACCAGAAACAGAAACUGCUCUUGCUGUAUGCAAUGGAGGUUGGACAAAGUCAUCUCAGCAUUACCAAGAUGGUGUUCUUAGUGUUGCUGGAUCCUCCACUGUUACUGUGGUCCCUGAAAAGACUGGAACUGAUGCAGUUGUCCACCAUCCAGAGUCAGAUCAAUGUUCUUUAUCACCAAAGCAUUUGGUUGGCAAAGAGAAGUCUGACACUGAUUCCCAGUCUUUUUUGAAUGGUCUCACUGUUGAGAUCCCAUCAUUUGACCGAUUUGAGAAGCCUGUGGAUGGGGAGGUGCAAAGUGCUCAACAGCCUACGGAUUGUUCUUGGAAUAUGAGUGGUAGCAUUAUCCCUAGCCCUAACCCCACUGCUCCUCGAAGUACAUGGCACCGAAGUAGAAAUAGUUCAUCAUCAUUUGGAUACCUCUCACAUGGUUGGUCUGAUGGAAAGGCUGACCUUUUCCAUAAUGGGUUUGGCAAUGGACCAAAGAAGCCCCGAACUCAGGUCUCAUACACAUUGCCUUAUGGAGGUUUUGAUUUUAGCUCGAAGCAAAGAAACCUUCAGAAAGGGAUUCCUCCUAAACGAAUUAGGAGGGCUAAUGAGAAGAGGUUAUCAGACGUUUCUAGAGGUUCCCAAAGAAACUUGGAGCAGUUAUCAUGCGAAGCAAAUGUGUUAAUCAAUGGCAGUGACAGAGGGUGGAGGGAAUGUGGGGCACAUAUAGUAUUAGAGCUUUUUGAUCAUAAUGAGUGGAAGCUUGCUGUGAAAAUAUCAGGGACUACAAAGUAUUCAUACAAGGCACAUCAAUUUUUGCAGCCUGGGUCGACAAACCGCUAUACUCAUGCUAUGAUGUGGAAGGGAGGAAAGGAUUGGAUCUUGGAGUUUCCAGAUAGGAGCCAGUGGGCACUUUUCAGGGAGAUGCAUGAAGAGUGUUACAAUCGGAAUAUUCGUUCUGCCUUGGUAAAAAACAUUCCUAUUCCUGGUGUCCGCUUAAUUGAAGAAAGUGAUGAUCAUGGGGCAGAAAUAUCGUUUCUUCGCAGUUCUACGAAGUAUUUCCGGCAGACAGAAACAGAUGUUGAGAUGGCUUUGGAUCCAUCUCGGGUCUUGUAUGACAUGGAUAGUGAUGAUGAGCAGUGGAUCAUGAAGUUUCAAAAUUCUUCAGAAGUUGACAACAGUAGUUCUAUAGAGAUCGACGAAGAGAUGUUUGAAAAGACAAUGGACAUGUUUGAGAAGGUUGCGUAUGCUCAACAGUGUGAUCAAUUCACAUAUGAAGAAAUAGAAGAGUUCAUGGCUGUAGUUGGUCCCAUGGAUGUGAUUAAAACCAUUUACGAACAUUGGCGAGGGAAAAGGCUAAGGAAGGGAAUGCCUUUAAUCCGACAUCUCCAGCCGUCUGCAUGGGAAAGGUAUCAACAAGAAGUGAGAGAAUGGGAGCAAGCUAUGAUCAAAACCAAUACCAUCCUCCCCAAUGGAUGCCACGAGAAAGGUGCGUCAGUUGAGAAGCCACCAAUGUUUGCUUUUUGUCUGAAACCACGGGGCCUGGAGGUUCCCAACAAGGGAUCAAAACAACGGUCACAGAAGAGAUUUUCAGUUUCUGGACAUAGCAGUGGCAUGUUAGGAGAUCAGGAUGGUUUCCAUGCUAUUGGAAGAAGAUCAAAUGGUUUUGCUUUUGGUGAUGAAAAAGUUGUAUAUCCAGGCCACAACUAUGACUCUUUAGACGAUUCCCCAUUGUCUCAAACAUCACCUAGGGUAUUUUCACCAAGGGAUGCAACUAACAUCUUGAUUAGCAAUGAUGGGUUUGAGAGGAAUCAUCUACAUAGAAUUCACAGAAGCAAGUCAAAGAAAUUUGGAAGGACGGUAUCUCCUGUUGAACCCCAGAUGGUGUCUCCUUACAGUCAUAGAGUGGUAGGAAACAGAAAUGGAGUUCAGCGAUGGAAUACGGGUUUCCCUGAUUGGUCAAGCCAGCGGUAUUAUCAAACAGAUGGGCCUCAGAGGCAUGACAUGGGAUUGUUGGAUGGUCCUGAUCUCGAUGAGUUCAGACUGCGUGAUGCAUCUGGUGCCGCUCAGCAUGCACAUAACAUUGCUAGGCUCAAAAGAGAGAAAGCUCAGAAAUUGUUUUACAGAGCAGAUCUAGCAAUUCACAAGGCCGUGGUUUCUCUCAUGACUGCAGAAGCGAUCAAAGGUUCUUCCGAGGACUCUGAUAGCGAAGGGUAGAACAUCAAAAUUAAACAUGAGAUGACAGAAUGGAAACGCCAAAUCCCUCAGCUUGCUGUUGUGCAGGCAGUCUAAAGAGAACUACUAUUAGACUCAACAAUGUUUUUGGUGGAAUCAGUCAGUCCGGUUCUACUUUGUCGAUAGUGGUGGCUUUUUUUCCGUCUUUUUUACGCAGAUACGAUAGAGAAAUUCUAACAUGAGAGCCAUGAGCAGUAAGAGUGGGGAAGAAAAUCAUUGCUCCAAC